AUGAUCCUCAGUCGCACCCGACCCUCAAUCUAUGUCUCAACACUAGUUGUUUUAUGGGGGGCCGUAGCCGCUUCCAUGGCUGCAGUUCAGACACCAACACAGCUGAUUCUGAUUCGAUUCGUUCUUGGGGUCUUUGAGGCUGGAUUUAGUCCCGCAGUGCUCUUCAUGAUAUCAACUUGGUACCGUAAGAGUGAACAUUCAAAGCGCUUUCUAUGCUAUCUGAGCGCUGGAAUUCUCUCUGGCGCUUUUGGUGGCAUCAUUGCAGGAGCAAUUAGUGCUGGUCUCGAUGGCACCCAUGGUAUUGCUGGAUGGCGAUGGCUCUUCAUCGUUGAGGGCAUUCUAACCGUAAGCGUCGGGCUCAUGGCCCCAUUCUUCCUUCUGGACUAUCCAACGAAUUGUCGCAAAUUCACCCCUGCCGAGCGAGAAAUCGCGUGCGCACGACUCAGAGCCGAUAAUAUCAGUCAUACGGCAGAAAAUGGCCGCGUAGGUCAUUGGCGGACGCUAUGGAAUUGCAUUAUGAGCUGGAGGAUUUGGCUGCUCGCAAUUCCUUACAUGAGUGUCAUUGGAGCCUUUAGCUUCUCUUACUUCUACCCGAUGUUAGUGAAAGGCCUGGGCUACACGGAUGUCACUGCACAGUUCAUGACGGCGCCGCUCUACGUGGUUGCCUUCGUCGUUGCUUUGCCUACUGCGGUCCUCGUGGAUAAAGCUCCAGCGUAUCGCGGUCUUGUCUGCUGCGGAUUACUUUGCUUUGGUUCACUCUUUGCCGGACUCGCAGCAGGAAUCCUUGCUUAUACUCCGCGAUACGUUUUCCUCUGCUUCAUCACAGCGGCGGUGUGGACCACUUCACCAGUCGCACUGGGUUUUGCGUCGGACAUUCUGUCAAACAUUGACCCCGAGCAGAGAGCUGUUGCUCUUGCUCUGAUCAAUUCAAUGGCAAACUCAGCGACUAUUUACGCUUCUCUGCUGUAUCCUUCGACUGAUGCGCCGGCGUACUUGAAAGGCUUCGUGACAUGGACUGUCCUGUUAGCUUUUGGUGCCACCCUUUAUGUCGUGGCUUGGGUCCUUUUCCGAAGACAUCCAGUCAGGAAAAUCGUUUGA